CUAGCCAUUUAUAUGUCUCCAAAACAGGAUCUUGUUGGGCAUUCUCUGCUGUUGCUGCAGUUGAAGGCAUCUCUCAGAUCAAAACCGGCAAUCUGAUAUCCCUCUCGGAACAAGAGCUCCUUGACUGCGACACCAGCAGCGAGAACAACGGCUGCAACGGUGGCCACAUGGCCAAAGCUUUUGAGUUCAUCGUCAACAAUGAAGGCCUAUCAGCGGACGCCGACUACACGUACAAGGGAUUGAUGGGUCCUGCGAAAACCUGCAGCUCCAAAAGCUCCUUCUCACAUCCGGUCGCGAUCAGCGGGUACGAGGAUGUACCCUCUAACGAUGAAGUAGCGCUACUCAAAGCUGUGGCGAAUCAGCCGGUUUCUGUUGCCAUCGAUGCAGGAAGCUUUGCUCUCCAAUUUUACUCUAGCGGCAUCUUCACAGGCUCGUGUGGGACUAACCUGAGCCAUGCAGUGACUAUUGUUGGCUAUGGUACUGAGAGUGAUGGAACCAAGUAUUGGAUUGCGAAGAAUUCGUGGGGGUCUUCAUGGGGUGAGAAUGGAUACAUAAAGAUGGAGAGGGAUGUCGAUGCUGAGGGGGGGCUCUGUGGUAUUGCUAUGCAAGCUUCGUAUCCAACCGCUUGAUCAAAAACAAGUGUUUGUUUUCUACGUACUAGCAAGUAGUGGUGUGUAUUUUCUCUCCUUUCCUUGUACCUGCCUGAAUAAACCAGCUUUGCCCAAGUUAUGAAAACUUGUAGCAAAGUGGGCGUGUGUCUAUUAAGUUGGGCAACUUUGUAUUUCAAGUGGAUGUUAUGUAAUGAUUGCUGGUAUUGAUUCUGUCUUA